AUGAAGGCCGCCGACAAGAUCACGGCCUUGCCCGGGCAGCCGGAGGGCGUCGACUUCGACCAGUACGGCGGGUACGUCACCGUCGAUGCAGAGAACGGCCGCGCGCUUUUCUACUACCUCGUCGAAUCGCCUUCCGGUGCCUCGGACAAGCCACUCGUCCUGUGGCUCAACGGAGGGCCAGGAUGCUCGUCGCUGGGAUACGGGGCAAUGCAGGAGCUCGGCCCGUUCCGCGUAACCGAGGACAACAAAACGCUCAGCAGAAACGCGAACGCCUGGAACAACGUGGCUAAUGUGAUCUUCCUCGAGUCGCCUGCUGGUGUGGGAUACUCCUACUCGAACACGUCUUCCGACUAUGAUCUCAGCGGAGACGAGAGAACCGCCGAUGACGCCUACGUGUUUCUGGUGAAAUGGCUGGAGAGGUUCCCGGAGUACAAGGACCGGGCCUUCUAUAUCUCAGGGGAGAGCUAUGCCGGACACUACGUGCCGGAGCUCGCUGCUACCAUCCUACUCCACAACACAUACAACAACAGAACCGUCAUAAACCUUCAGGGCAUCUUGGUGGGAAAUCCGUACCUUGAUGCGAACCGGAAUAUUAAGGGGGUGGUUGACUACUUCUGGACCCACGCGGUGAUGUCGGACGAGGUCUACGCCAAUAUCACCAAGAACUGCGACUUCGAUAACUUGAAUGGUACAUUUACAGAUUCUGCGUGCAGCGGAGCUGCUGUGGCGUUCGACGCUGGCUACAUCGAUGUCUACAACAUAUACGCUCCGGUCUGCAUUGACGCACCCAAUGGAACCCGUUACCCCAGUGGCUACUUACCUGGGUAUGAUCCAUGCGUUUAUUAUCCUACGUAUGCCUACCUCAAUGAUCCAGCGGUGCAGAUGGCUUUCCACGCUAGACCGACAAAGUGGACAGGCUGCGCAAACUUGAACUGGACAGAUGCGCCAAUGUCCAUGCUGCCAACCAUGACAUGGUUGAUCGAAAGCAAGCUUCCGAUUUGGAUAUUCAGUGGCGAUUUCGAUUCUGUGUGCCCGCUUCCGGCGACGAGGUAUUCUAUCCAAGACAUGACCCUCUCUGUGACCACUCCAUGGCGCCCAUGGAUAGCAAAGGAGGAGGUUGGAGGAUAUGUUCAGCAGUACGCCGGGGGGUUCACAUUCCUAUCUGUGAGGGGAGCUGGCCAUAUGGUUCCAUCCUUCCAGCCUGAGAGGGCAUUGGUGAUGUUGAGCUCGUUCCUGCAAGGGGUACUCCCACCUUACGUAGAACAGCAAUGA